AUGCAAAAAAUUGCACCAAACUUAUCCGCAUUGAUUGGAGAAGUUGUUGCUGCCAGGCUGAUUGCUCAUGCCGGAAGCUUAACGAAUCUUUCGAAAUAUCCUGCUUCAACUGUGCAGAUCCUUGGUGCAGAAAAGCUUUUUUUAGAUAAACCGACGUCCAAGUACGGUAUAGCACUGAAAAACCAAGUUGAAGAGAGAUUAGGAUUUUACGAACAUGGCACAGCGGUUUCAAAGAAUAUGGAAGUGAUUAAUAAAGUGAUUAAAGAGCUUAAAGAAGAAGAAGUGGAAGAAGAAUCAACGAGAAAGCGUAAAACUUCACCAGGAUUACCGAUAACACCGUCAAAGAAACAUAAAAAUUCGAAAUCAAAUGAGAGUUCCGAACCAGAUAAAGAGACUGAUAUAUCAAAAUCACCUAUAAAAAAGAAAAAGAAGAAGGUCGGGAUUGAAAAGAAUGACGAUAUGACACCGAAAUCUGGUAAGAAAAGUGAGGAGGAGACGCCUUUCAAAGGUACACCAGACAGUCGGACACCAAUCAAAGGUUCUUUAGAAAUAAGAAGGAAGAAGAAAGAAAAGAAAGGUUCAGAAAGUCCUACUCAAGUUACUGACAAGAAAAAGGAAAAGAAAAGCAAAGAAUCACCAAAAAAGAAUAAGCAUUCAAUUGAUGUUGAAUCACCCAAUAAUUAG